GCCCUGAGGCCGACCUCGACGUCCGCCGCGCCGACGCAGACGUCCACCGCGCCGACGGAGACGUCCACCGCGACGACGAAGGAUCCAGCCGCGACCGCCAAGGACAAGUACGCGCUCACCUUCUACGCCACCGGCUGCUGCACGACGGAGCGGACGGCAGCCACGGCGUGGUGGGAGACGCAGCGGGAGGACAUCGUCCUGGCCGACAUGUUCGUCCUCUGCCAGCACACGGCCGCCGGGACCGCCAGCAAGGAGCACCGCGAGAUCUGCGGCUGCGGCAGCCGCAUGCCGGUGUGCGAGCAGCAGGAGAAGUUCAUCGAGCCUGGGGCCAGGGAGCAGGAGGCGCCCCGCCCGCCUUGGGAGAUCGGAGGUGUACGGGUCCUCAUACUCGCAGGAGGCGGCCUCGGGGGCGAGGGUGGCGACGCGAGAGCGCCGUUCGCCGGGAAGCUCAAGGCCAUGAUGAGCUGGGGACUGCCGCCGUUUCGGUUCCUCGCGCCACUGCGGCCGCGAGGCCGGCUGUGGAUCCUGGAUCGAAGCGACGCUGCGCACGGCUUCCUCGGGGAUCUAGUGCCCGGGAGCGUGGACCUGCUCGCGGACUUCGUUGAGAGCUUCGCCGACGGCGGGCCCGUCGUCGCGCUCGGCAUUUCCGCCGGCGCUCACUGCAUCACGGAGCUCCUGGCGCACGGGCGGCCGCGCAUGGAGGCGGCGGCCUUGGGGGGUCUCCACGGCCAUGGGCAGCCCUAUUUGGCUGGAGUUCCGGCGCGCACGGACCCAGUCGGGAAGUUCCAGGAUUACUUGGACCGCCUGGAGGAGCACCCAGGAGCGCCGGGUGGCAUCUGGGCCGUGCGCGCCGAGGACGACGACCAGUGCCCGAGGCGGUGCGCCGAGGAGGCGCUGGAGGCAUUGGGGGCCCGGAAUGCGCAGCAGGGCUUCCCGCGGGCGCAGUGCGCGUUGCUGCCGCCGUGCAUCCCGCGGGCGCAGUACGAGAACAGCGCGCCCUGGCGAAGAAGGGAGCUGCUCCGCGCGCUGCUGCGCGCGGCCCGCGAGCGCGGCAGCGAAGGCGCCGAACACGCGCUGGGCGAGGUUGCUGGCGGCGCGGCCGGCGCGCCUGGCGCCGCGCGCAUCUGGCUGCCGUGCGACGCCGACGCGGCCGGCGACGCGGCCUCCCAGGAGCUCCUCGCGAAGCUCCGCGAGGAGGCGGCGACGCGCCGACGCAACCGGAGCAAGAAGCUUCGGAAGGACGCGCCGGCGCGCCGACGUGGCCAGCCGACGCGCGCGGAGAGGCGGGCGCAUCUGCAGGGGUAG